AUGGUUAUUAUUUGUUCAGCACCAGGAUGCUUAGCAAAAAAAACUAGUAAUACUUCUAAAACAUCAGUGCUAUUUCACAGAUUCCCUCUGAGGAAACCCGAUUUAUUAGCCAAAUGGGUCAAAGCAAUGAAAUGUUCUGGUUUCAAACCUACAGCCACAAGUUAUUUAUGCAGUUCUCAUUUUAUCAAUUCUGAUUAUGAUCUCAAAUCUCCUAAUGCAGCAAAACAGUUAAAGCCAAAUGCAGUUCCUAGUCAUUUCGAAAAGAGAAAACCUGGAAGGAAGAAAAAAGUAAUGGAUGAACAAAAAGAAGAAGAGUAUUUACAAGAUGAAACAGAAGAAAAAAUUGAAACUAAUUUAGCUGAUAUAAUUGGAGAUAGACACAAAGGGACUUUGCAAGUCCUCAUUGUUGGAGAAGAUGGUAAAAUAACAAAUUCAGAAUACAUAUUUAAAAAAGAAAUGGUUGAAAAAAAAAAUUUUAAAGAAGAACCAGAAGAAUUUUUUGAAGAUGAUACUGUAGAUGAUGAAAAUCUAAGCUUAGAAAAAAAAAAUGAUAAUGAAAUGAAAGUAAAAGACUUUGAACGUUGUCUAAACAAUUCCAGUGAUAUAUGCAAUAUGUCAUUGAAAAAUGGAAGACAGAAUUUAGACAAAUUAACUCUUAAUAAAUUCAAACAACUUAAUUUUAAAUAUAAAAAAUUGAAAAAACAAAAUGAUGAACUUAAAAUAUUAUUAAAAUUACUUGUUUUAAAAAGAGGAAGAGGGAAAAAAAAUUUAAAAGAGCUUCUUGAAGAUUACGAAAAAUAUGAAUAUGAAGAAGUUAAAAUUAAAGUUAAGGAAGAAAAUUUAUUCGUUGAUAAUUAA